AGGACAGAUCUAUUUGGCACACUGUCGAUUACCAUGGAAAUGCUGUAAGAUCAACAUGGCUAUACGAGCAGUCAAUGACAUCACACAACAAGUAAGAAAUAUAUUUUCCCCGUUUCGUGCAUUUAUUUACUUGUUUAUUUCUAGUGUCUGAAACACGCUGUUGGUAUCACGGCAAUUCCAUCGAAAUACAAGAAAGACUACCUUAUCGGACUCACCUCAAUUGCCGCAGAUGCAAGUCUAGAACAACUGAUACCCCAAGUCGAUCAAUGGAGCUUCCAUAAAAUAUAUCGCACUGCGUUCAUGACAGCCUCAGUCGUCCGAGAUUUACACAAGACUGAUAAAGUACACCCUAAUCUUCAACCAAAAAAUAUUUUGAUCAAAGGAACUCAGUUCAGUCUCGUCGACACACAACCGUUAGGUAAGACACUUUAUGGCAGAUACCCUUACUUUGCUCCCGAGAUGCGAGUUGACCAGGCAUCAAACGUGUAUGCUCUAGGUAUCAUUCUCUGGCAACUUGUCUCGGGUGUCAUCUUUCCUACCUCAGUCGCUGUCUGUCCUGAAGUUUACAAAAUGGAGCCACUCAAGACUGUGGAUGGGUCUUAUCAGACCAUUUUCACUCAAUGUCUUGCCAAAGAUCCUCGUCUUCGCCCGACCGCCCAGCAGGUCUGUGACUCACUCAUCGCUCUACUCCUUCAACACAUGUCUAUCUCAAGGCACCUCUGGGAGCAUGGUGAAGAGGUUCGUCAGCGACAGGCACGCAUUGUCAAGUAUCUCCUCCAUUGUCAUCAAAAUGUUGCCAUACCUGCCAUGAACGACCUAAUGCAAGGUGCAAGCUUAAAGAAGCGCAUGAUGCUCCGUAUUACGGCUUCAGUAGGUUCAUAUUAUGAUCAAAAAAGUAAUUGUGGAAUCCUGGAUUUACCAGAAAUUGGUAUGGAAAAUGUGUAUUUAUGUACAUAAUAAAUAUAUUCUUAAGCCAAUCUUGGCUUCUUCAUUUGUCUUGACGCAUGAAGAUCCUCCUUGGCAGGUGCUUUGGCAGACUUGAUGUCAUUAUCUUCGUGUGUGAUUCGGCGUAGAGGAUAUUCUAUAUUUUGAUGAGCCAGGACACUGCCAGAUAUAUGAGUACAUGUAUUUAUAAAAUCAG